AUGGAGGGUAUUGAUCCAAUGUUCGAUAAAGGCAGGUGCAGUGAUGUCCAGGAUUUUCAGUCUAUUGUAAGCUCACUACCAGACAACACGAUCUUCCUGCUCACGGAGACCUGGCUCGACGCCAGUGUGCACGACGGUGAGCUUUUGGGCACUGCACAUGCCAUAUACCGCCGAGACAGAGGUGGCAGAGGUGGAGGAGUGCUCGUCGCCGCCCCCACAGGCUUCACAGUCGACCGGAGGCACGACCUUGAGCACCCCGACCUGGAGGCUAUCUUCCGCGAUCUCUACACGCCACAAGGUAUUGUCCUGCUCGGGUGCGUGUACUGCCCCCCCUCCACGCGGGACGCCGCCUAUAAGCUACUCGACGCCUCCCUCACCUGUGCAUUGCUGAAACCGUACCGUGACGUCCUGAUCAUUGGUGAUUUUAACUCGCAUAUCGACUGGUGGAGUCACGACGAACCGUUUCCUGGUGAUGCUAUUGACGAUUUUCUCCUGGACACAACUUCUUCAGCUGGGCUUCUGCAAGUCUGCCACAGCCCCACUUACCUGCCUCGGAGCAGUUUCCUCGACUUGGUCUUCACUACGGACAUCACAAAGGUCCUCUCCUGUGAUGUUUAUCCCGGCCUUAGUGGUAGCGACCAUAUGGCUGUGGAGGUGUCUUUCGCAACCUCCUUGCCCAGAAAGGGCCACUUUGCUCGUACUACUUGGAGAUUUCAUGAAACCGACCAUUCUCACCUUGCUAAUCUAGCUCAUCUCGCGCCUUGGUGCAUGACCACUGCGGGAAGUGACUGUCUCUCAGACUUUGACUUAUGGUGUGAUUUUGCGAGUGUCAUCCAGCGCGAGUCCAUUCCUCAUUCACUUCGUUCUACCCGGAGGAAGAGGGCUCCCUGGAUUACGCACGAGAUUAUAAAAGCGGCCAGUCAGAAAAGAGCGCUUUUCAAGAAGGCAGCGCGGCUGCAGUGUGCAGAGACACUCCGGGCAGCAAAGGACCUUCAGAGAACGCUGAAAGCUGCCAUCCACACUUCUCACAUCAGCUAUGCUCGCAACGUCGCACUCAAGGCCAGGGAGGACCCAAAGCUGUUCUGGUCGUACAUGAGCAGGUUACAGACCAGUAGCAACAAGCCAACCUUCGUGAACAACAACGUCCCUCUCACAUCCCCACGGGAUAUUGCACAGUCAUUCGCCCAGCACUUCGCCGGCGUUUUCAACGCUGCUGAGCCCACACCAGACAUUGACCGCCUCGUGCAAAACAUUGAGGAGAACACGCCAUGCCCUAGCCUCCUGAUGCCUGACAUAACUCUGUCACUCGAGCACCUUCGUGAAGCUUUUCAACAAAUUAAGCCCUCGCUCUCACCAGGCCCUGACAACUUCCCACCGGCAUUCCUCAGGCUGCUCUGCCCGCGGGUAUCCCCAUCUUUGUUAUCAAUAUUCCAGUCUUUCCUGGAAACGGCUGCUGUUCCAGACCUCUGGAAGCGGGCCUUAGUGACGCCUAUCCACAAAGGGAAAGAUUAUCUGUCCGCCAGCAACAUACUCUCCUCGUCGCAGCAUGGAUUUAGGCCAGGAAGAAGUUGCGAAACUGCCCUGGCCACCAUCACGCACUACAUAAGCGAUGCGCUGGACGACCACACUUCCACGGACCUCAUCCAACUAGACUAUAGCAAUGCGUUUGACACGCUGGACCAUCACCUUCUUCUCCAGAAGCUCGCAGGGACUGGUCUGCUGCCAACUAUCUACGACUAA